AUGCUGAUGCCAGGUGCAACGGGUCUGAGCGCGGUGGCUGCAGGACCAACUGGUCAAGAUGAGCUGGUAACGAGUCUUGGUGCUCUGGCGGGUGUAACACCCCAACAGAAAGACACAACAUGGACGAAAUUAUUCGUCGGCGGACUUCCCUACCACACUACCGAUAAAAGUCUUAGAGAGCACUUCAACGUCUACGGGGACAUCGAGGAAGCUGUCGUGAUAACAGACAGACAGACCGGCAAAAGUAGGGGCUAUGGAUUUGUAAUUAUGGGUGACAGACCAGCUGCCGAAAGAGCGUGCAAGGAUCCCAACCCGAUAAUUGAUGGCCGGAAAGCUAAUGUUAAUUUAGCAAUACUGGGCGCCAAACCACGUGGCAAUCUCCAAACCACAUUUCCAUUUGCCGCUGGUAUAAGAACUGGAUAUCCUACAGUACUACCUAGCCAAUAUGGAGUACCACCAGGUUACAUGUACCAGUCGCCUUACCUGACGGCGGCGGCUCCUGGAGGCUUGAUGCAAUUACCAACGACGCAAUUGAGCCACGCGGCAGCUGUAGCCGCGGCAUCGCAGUUCUACGAGUACCAGAAUGCCGCGGCGGCUGCAGCCGCUGCAGCAGCGGCUGCUUCGUAUCCUGGUACGUCGUCGUACAACUUCGCCGAGGCUGCCGCUUACCCGUAUACCAGUGCUGCCGCGGCCGCGAACGCAGCGGCCGCAAGCUACGUAACACCCUAUACGUACGCGACAUUACCAGGUGCAGCGGCACUGCAAGGAGCAACAACGACGGGUGCAGCCUUCCCGGGAUUGCCUUACCAAACGACGCCCCAAGAGGCACGACUUCAAUAGACACCAGUAGUCCAUACUACUACUAUUUAUACAACUACUUAUAA